AUGAAAGGAAUAACCAUUCUUUUAUUUAUAGUAUUAUGUUCUGCAGAUUUAAAUGUAUUAACUCGUGAAGAUAUGGUCAAAAAACAAAAGGAAAAUGCUGCUAAAAAAAUAUUAAAAAGUGAAGAAAAGAUUAGAAAGACUAAAGAACAAAUUGAAAAGAAAAAAAGAAAGAGCAAAAAAAUUGUAGAAAAUGCACUUUCUUUACUCACUGAAAAAGAAAGAUUAUCAGUUCGUGAUAUUAUUGAUUCUGACCCAGAAUAUAUUAGAUUUAAUUCAAACGAAAAGUUGUCUAGAUUUGACAAGAAAUUUAACUCAAAGAAGGUAUGUACUUCAAUCGAAACAUUAGUCAAACCAGAGUUGAAUAAUGUUAAUUCUACUAAUAGAACACAACCAAAUUCAACACAACCAAUACAACAAAAGAAACAAUUAAAAAAAUGUCAAAUGAAACAUGUUAAACAUAUUCCAAGAAAUAAAUGUAAUUGGAAAAAAGAUAAAUACGUUUAUAAGCAACCAAAACAAAAAUACUAUGCUCUUGUUGAUAAUGAAAAACAAAGAAUUCUUUGUCCACUCCCAAAAGAAAAGUGCCAUCCUAGAAUCAUUAAAAUUGAUGUCAAUAAAGAAACUGAAAAUGCUAAACAUGCAAUUAAAUUGAUUCAUAAAGCUGGAAAAUUGUUAAAAGAAAAUGACAUGUUCUAA